AGGCUUUAGCUGAGGCUCAGGCUUCCUUGGAAUGAUGCCAUCACGUACAAACCUGACUGCUGGGAUUCCCAGUAGCAAAGUCAAAUAUUCCAAGCUCUCCAGCACUGAUGAUGGAUAUAUUGACCUGCAGUUCAAGAAGAGCCCACCAAAAAUCCCCUACAAGGCAAUUGCAUUGGCGGUUGUGCUCUUCAUGAUUGGGACCUUCCUGAUUAUCAUAGGAGCCCUCCUCCUGGCUGGAUACAUUAGCAAAGGCGGAACAGACCGUGCUAUCCCUGUGCUCAUCAUUGGGAUCCUCGUGUUCCUCCCAGGCUUCUACCACCUGCGCAUUGCUUACUACGCCUCCAAAGGCUACCGGGGCUACUCCUACGACGACAUCCCGGACUUUGAUGACUGA